AUGGGCCUUCACAGCAUACUGGUGGUCUUCCAGGCUCUCGCGAGUGUGGCUCUUGCGGCUCUGAAUGCUUCAGCACCUGCUCUCAGCAUUCCAUCAGCCCAGGUAUGGGAUGGAGAUGAUGGGCAGUGGUCAACGUUCCAGAUUCAAGUCGGCACACCACCCCAAACCGUUCGAGUGCUCCCAGGAACUUCAGCCAGCGCUGGCACGGCGCUUUGGGUGGUGAUUCCCGUCGGUUGCACUUCAGUCAAUCCCACCCUCGAAAACUGCGAGGGCGAACGAGGAGAACUGUUCCAAUCUAACCUAUCCACAACCUGGUCGACGCAAAACCUCGUGAAUAAUCCAGAUGGGGCGAUCUAUUCCCUAAACACUGUCGAAGAAGCGGGCCUUGGGCUGUCAGGAAAUGGCUCUUAUGGAUACGACACCGUGACCUUUGGACUCCCAGGAUCCGAUCUGCCAACACUACACGACCAGCUCGUUGUGGGAAUCUGGACGGACGACUUCUUCCUUGGCAGCCUUGGUCUGAGCCCGUACACGCUGAACCUCAGCAGUUUCAACGGGCCCCAGGAGAGCUUGAUGGGUGCUCUGGUCAACCAAUCUCUGCUUCCAAGCAAUUCGUGGGCAUAUACAGCUGGAGCCGUAUACCAAGAUCCACCAAUUUUUGGCUCCUUGACAUUCGGCGGAUAUGACACCACCAGAUACAAUCCAAACGGCCUCACCGUCUCUUUCGCCAACGACGAGUUCCGAGAUCUGCUUGUUAGCCUGAAAUCCAUAAUCUACGAUACGGCUGGAAGCGCACCGUUGCUUGGCCAAGAGAUCAAUAUCGCCAUCAACUCCAUGGUCAGCGAGAUCUGGUUGCCAACCGAAGUCUGCGAUGCCUUUCAGCAGGCCUUCAAUCUGACUUUCAACGAGCAAGGCCAGCUCUAUUUCGUUUCGGAAGAAGCGCAUAGAUCCUUGAUAGCUCAGAACCCCGAGUUCACGUUCUCCCUCGGCCAGGCUGGAGGAAUCAACAACGGAUCCGUGGAUAUCGUGCUCCCGUAUGCUGCCUUCGAUUUGAACCUGACCGCACCGAUCGUGGGCAACGAUACCCGAUACUUUCCCAUCAAGCGAUCUGAGAACUCCACAACCUACACCCUGGGACGCACGUUCCUGCAAGAAGCGUAUGUCAUCGCCGACUAUGACCGAAAGAACUUCACGGUAGCGCAAGCUCUGUUCCCACCGGCAUCGAUAUCCCAAAACAUCGAGAAGAUCGUUGCGCCUGGACUUCAGGAAAGUGGGAGUAAGAGUAGCAGCGGCUUGAGUGGGGGCGCCAUCGCGGGUAUCGUAGUGGGUGUUGUGGUUGGGGUAUUAAUCAUCCUGGCAGGACUGUUCUUAUGGUGGAGAAGAUCACGGAAAGCAAGAUCCUCGAAGCCGAACAACGAACUGGGUGGCCAACAGGUUGUUCCAGGACGCCAUGAGAUGGAGCCUCAGUCAAAAUUCCACGAGCUGGAUGGACCAGAGAUUCCAGCUGCUGAGCUUGAGGCUGACGUUCCACCACGCGACCAGAAGUGA